GCAGUUCUAACUCUCAAAGGAAAAAGAGGGAAAGUGGCAGCUGUCGUGGCAACCGCCUCACUCCACUCAUUUUCUUCGUGCUCGCUGCUUUGCUUGCGUGUAUUCGAGCUGACGUGACGCAGCGUGCGGCCAACCGUAAAAACAAAAAAACUCGUUGAAUACGUCAGGCAGAGUUCCCAGCAACACGCUCUCUCUUCAGCGCUGCUGAUUGUCGUUUCAGUACGCUUGUUUCUUGUUUUCUUUUUAACCAUUCUCCUUCACAAAAAUCUUUAGCUAGCAACCAUGAACCACGAUGCUGCUAUGUGGAAUAUCAUGGGGCAGAACUUCUGCUCCUUCAAGGUGAAGACGAACGAUGACAAGGUCCGCUUCUGCCGCAACCCGUACAACGUCACGGGUCUCUGCCAGCCCGGUGUGUGCCCGCUCUCCAACGCGCAGUACGCCACCGUGAUUGAGCACGAGGACGAGUUGUACCUCUACGUUAAAACCGCCGAGCGCGCCCACCUACCGCGCCGACAGUGGGAGAAGGUAAAGCUGGACGUCUCCUUCCCCAAGGCGUUGGCCCAAAUCGACGAAGAACUGCAGUGGUGGGAUCAGAAGCUCGUGAUUAAGGUGAAGGCGCGCCUGCUGCGGCUGAAGCAGUACCUAAUGCGCAAACGCAAGAUGCUAAUGGAGCCGCAGGAGGAGUUCGUGUCGGUGAACAAGCGCCAGGAGGACAAGCUGCUGCGGCGCGAGGAGAAGGCCGAGGCGGCGGCGCGCAUUGAGAUGGAGAUCGAGAAGGAAUUGCUGGAUCGCCUGCGCCAGGGCACCUACGAUAGCGUCAUCAACUACAACAAGGAGGCCUUUGAGAAGCUCCUCGACGAGGAGGAGAACCGCGAGGACUUCGACAAGUUAGAAGACGAGGAGGAUGCCGAGUUCGCCGACUACGUCAUGGACGAGGAGGACGAGGAAGAUGAGGAGAUGGAGCCGGUGCAGGGUGGCCGUGCGACGAGCAAGACGCGCAAGCGUGAGCGGCUGCUGCUGGAGGAGGAGGUGGAGCGCGAGCCGCGGCAAAGAUUGCGUCCGGAGGACAUUGAAUGGUAA